AUGGCAGCAGCCAUGGAAACUGAACAGCCGGGCCUCGAGAUCUUCGAAACUGCAGGCUGUGAGGAGCAGGUCCAGAGAGAGGAGCCGCCCAAACCAGAGCCGUUCUACGUGGAGAGACAUUCCUGGAGCCAGCUUCGGAAGCUGCUCACAGACACACGGAAGUAUCAUGGCUACAUGAUGGCAAAAGCUCCCCACGACUUCACCUUUGUGAAGAAAAAUGAUCCCGAGGGACCUCAUUCUGACAGGAUCUACUACCUGGGUAAGCUUGCUGUGCCAGCCUCUAACAGGGAGAACACCCUCUUCUACUCUGAAAUUCCCAAAACCAUAAACAAAGCUGCUGUCCUGCUGCUGUCCUGGAAGCCUCUGCUCGAUCUUUUUCCGGCCAUCCUGGACUACGGGAUGUACUCCCGGGAGGAGGAGCUGCUGCGGGAGAGGAAGCGGAUCGGCACCGUGGGCAUCGCCUCCUACGACUACCACCGGGACAGCGGCACCUUCCUCUUCCAGGCUGGCAGUGGCAUUUACCACGUGAAGGAUGGGGGCCCUCAUGGAUUCACUGUGAGUCCUUUAAGACCCAUUCUGGUAGAGACCAGUUGCCCAAAUAUCCGGAUGGAUCCCAAGCUUUGUCCAGCUGAUCCAAAUUGGAUUGCAUUUAUCCAUAGCAAUGACAUCUGGAUAUCUAACAUAGAAACCAGAGAAGAAAGGAGGCUAACGUUUGUGCACAGUGAACUGGCCAACGUUGAGGAGGAUCCAAAAUGUGCUGGUGUGGCUACCUUUGUGCUGCAGGAGGAGUUUGACAGAUACACUGGCUACUGGUGGAGCCCUAAGGCACAACCAAGUAAGUCACUGAAUGGGGGUAAAGUUCUUCGAAUUCUUUAUGAAGAAAAUGAUGAGUCAGAGGUGGAAAUCAUCCACGUCACAUCACCCAUGCUGGAGACAAGGAGAACAGAUUCCUUCCGGUACCCCAAGACUGGUACGGCAAAUCCAAAGGUCACUUUCAAGAUAUCUGAAGUGACAAUCACUGCAGAAGGCAGAAUUGCAGAUGUUGUGGAUAAAGAGCUAGUUCAGCCCUUCGAGAUCCUCUUUGAAGGAGUAGAGUACAUUGCUAGAGCUGGGUGGACGCCAGAAGGAAAAUACAUCUGGUCCAUCUUACUGGAUCGCUCCCAAACUCGGCUUCAGAUAGUCUUGAUCCCUCCUGCAUUAUUCAUCCCUGCAGAAGAUGAUGCAAUGGAAAGGCAGAAACUCAUCGAUGCUGUACCAGAUUCCGUUACACCUUUUAUUAUUUAUGAAGAAACAACAGACAUCUGGAUAAAUAUCCAUGAUAUCUUCCAUGUCUUCCCCCAAACCCGUGAGGAUGAGGUAGAGUUCAUUUUUGCCUCGGAGUGUAAAACAGGAUUCCGGCACCUCUACAAGGUCACCUCUGUUCUGAAGGAGAGCAAGUACAGGCGGUCCUGUGGGGGCCUUCCUGCUCCAAGUGACUUCAAGUGCCCCAUCAAAGAGGAGAUAGCAAUUACCAGUGGGGAAUGGGAGGUGCUUGGCAGGCAUGGAUCCAAUAUCUAUGUUGAUGAAGCCAAAAAACUGGUGUACUUUCAAGGCACAAAAGACUCUCCUUUAGAGCAUCACUUGUACGUUGCUAGCUAUGAGAAGCCUGGAGAGGUGAAGCGGCUGACAGAACGGGGUUACUCUCACGCCUGCUGUGUCAGCCAGGAUUGUGACAUGUUCAUCAGCAAGUACAGUAAUCAGAAGAACCCCCACUGUGUGUCACUUUACCGGCUGACAGGACCUGAAGAUGAUGUAGCUCACAGGACAAAGGAAUUCUGGGCUACCAUUUUAGAUUCUGCAGGUCCUCUUCCUGAUUACAUUCCCCCAGAAGUGUUCUCCUUUGAGAGCUCCACGGGGUUUACGCUCUAUGGGAUGAUGUACAAACCUCACAACCUGCAGCCUGGGAAGAAGUAUCCCACUGUGCUUUUCAUCUAUGGAGGGCCUCAGGUACAGCUCGUGAACAAUCGGUUUAAAGGAAUCAAGUAUUUCCGUUUGAACACUUUGGCCUCCUUGGGUUAUGUUGUGGUUGUCAUUGACAACAGGGGGUCCUGCCACCGAGGUCUGAAGUUUGAAGGAGCCUUUAAAUACAAAAUGGGGCAAAUAGAAAUCGAUGACCAGGUGGAAGGGCUGCAGUAUUUAGCAUCACAGUAUGACUUCAUUGAUUUGGAUCGUGUUGGCAUUCACGGCUGGUCUUAUGGAGGCUACCUCUCUCUCAUGGCUUUAAUGCAGAGGUCAGAUAUCUUCAGGGUUGCCAUAGCCGGGGCACCCGUCACCCUGUGGAUCUUCUACGACACCGGCUACACGGAGCGCUACAUGGGGCACCCCGACCACAACGAGCAGGGCUACUACCUGGGCUCAGUGGCCAUGCAAGCUGAGAAGUUCCCUUCUGAACCAAACCGUCUGUUGCUGCUACACGGGUUCUUGGAUGAGAAUGUUCACUUUGCACACACCAGUAUUUUGCUCAGCUUUUUAGUGAGAGCUGGGAAACCCUAUGACUUACAGAUCUACCCUCAGGAGAGACACAGUAUCAGGGUGCCUGAGUCAGGGGAGCACUAUGAACUCCACCUGCUGUACUACCUGCAGGAGAACCUGGGCUCUCGUAUGGCUGCCCUGAAGGCCAUGUGACCAACCCCUGCAGGACCCUGCUCCACUGGCUGCUUCCCCAACGAGGAGAUGUAGGAAACUAGAGAAAAUAGGAUGGAACGUUGCAUUUUGGUGCCUGCCACAUGUACACACACAGAGACACUUUUUUUAAAAGUCAAUCUGGUGCCAUACAGGAAAUUAAAGUACAGUGACCUAAUAACUUUAAAGCUUAAGUUGUAAAUAAAAUCAAAUGUCUGUGGU